AACCAUUUCAUUUUGAUUUUAGCUUGCAAGGCGUGCAGUACAACACUCUUAACGUGAAGAGUGGGUGUGAUACGCAUACCUAAAGUCAUUUAUUACAAUACAUUCAUACGUAUAAAUAUAUACAUACAUACAUAGUUCCCGCGAUGAAAUUUCUAAUCUGUGCGCUAAUUGUGGCAGCGUCUUACGUGGCUGCAGAAGAAGUCAAAGUGGAAGAAGGUGUACUGGUGGCGACAGUGAACAAUUUUAAACAAAUUAUAAGCGAUAAUGAAUUCGUCCUAGUUGAGUUCUAUGCACCAUGGUGCGGUCACUGCAAAGCUUUGGCACCCGAAUAUGCCAAGGCCGCGCAGCAGCUGGCAGAGAAGGAGUCACCUAUUAAAUUAGCUAAAGUUGACGCCACAACCGAAAGCGAACUGGCCGAACAGUACCAAGUGCGCGGGUAUCCCACCCUCAAGUUUUUCCGCAGUGGGGCGCCUGUGGAGUACAGCGGUGGACGGCAAGCGGCCGACAUCAUUGCCUGGGUGACCAAGAAAACUGGCCCACCAGCAAAGGACCUGAACAGCGUCGUCGAUGCUGAACAGUUCCUAAAGGAUAACGAAAUCGCCAUAAUCGGUUUCUUUAAAGACCUCGAAUCCGAUGAGGCGAAGACAUUCACCAAAGCCGCCAACGCUCUAGACAGUUUUGUCUUUGGAAUUAGCAACAAUGAUGACAUUUUUACAAAAUACGAAGCCAAUAACAAUGCCGUCAUUCUCUUCAAGCCGUUUGAUGAUAAGAAGUCCAUCUUCGAGGGUGAGCUCAAUGAGGAUAAUCUAAAGAAGUUUGCUCAGGUGCAGUCACUUCCAUUAAUUGUCGAGUUUAAUCACGAGUCAGCAGCUAAGAUCUUUGGUGGCGCCAUUAAGUCCCAUUUGCUGUUCUUUGUAUCCAAAGAAGCUGGGCAUAUUGAGAAGCACGUCGAUCCUCUGAAGAAUAUCGCAAAGAAGUACCGAGAAGAUAUUCUGUUUGUUACCAUAUCGUCUGAUGAAGAGGAUCAUGCUCGUAUAUUUGAAUUCUUUGGAAUGAGCAAAGAGGAGGUUCCAACCAUACGGCUGAUAAAACUAGAGGAAGACAUGGCCAAGUACAAGCCCGAGGUUAACGAUUUGUCUUCAGAAACAAUAGAAGCUUUUCUUCAAAAGUUCCUCGAUGGUAAACUCAAGCAGCAUUUGCUGUCGCAGGAUUUGCCUGAGGACUGGGAUAAGCAGCCUGUUAAGGUUUUGGUCUCGAGUAAUUUUGAGAAUGUUGUCAUGGACAAGAGCAAGUCGGUACUGGUAGAGUUCUACGCACCCUGGUGCGGUCACUGCAAACAGUUGGCCCCGAUAUAUGAUCAGCUAGCUGAGAAGUACAAGGAUAACAAGGAUAUUUUAAUCGCCAAGAUGGACUCUACUGCUAACGAAUUGGAGAAUAUAAAGAUCUCAUCCUUCCCAACCAUUAAAUACUUCCGCAAAGGUGACAACAAAGUCAUCGACUACAAUUUAGACAGAACUCUAGAUGACUUUGUUAAGUUCCUAGAUGCCAAUGGCGAGGUAACAGACCCUGAGCCCACCGAAGAGAGCUUCGAGGACGAGGAGGCGCCCAAAAAAGAUGAAUUGUAAAUAAACUUUUGCAGCUGAUGGUAACACAACAAAACCACUAAGAAAUAGAAAACGUACAUUCUAUAGUUUUUGCUCGGAGAACAUGAGUUUGUAUCAUUUACUUUUAUGUUUUCCGCACAAACUCUUUCACAUACCAAUCUGUUUUUAUUUUUAAAGUUACCAUGCUCUCUAUGCCGUAUAUGUGCACAUGGUGAUUAAUAGCCUGUGUUAUUACAGCUUAAAAUGUGGACGCAGCAUUUAAAGUUCAAUUUUGUUAAAAUGAAGUCUUUUUUUUUUGUAAAUGAAAAGUUUUCCAUCUAUACUUUGGAGUCUUUAAAACAUUAUAUACAUUCGAUUUAUAUAAAUUCAUUCAUUUGGAGAAAAGAACUGAUUAAAAACUUAACAAAUAAAGUUGCUUACAACAUUAUAAAAAUA